AUGUGGCGUCGUUAUUUAAUGUGGUUUGCGCACGAACAUGUCGAUUUUAGACAUGCUGAAAUGCAAAGUAUUCUUUCUAUGUUUGAUAUUCCAAUAAAGUUUAUUGAAAAACCGUCUGUCAAGAAACCAUACUGGAUCGUAGAAUUACCGUCGGAAGAUCAUGUAAAAAAAAUCGCCUCAAGAUCUGUUCUUGUUAAAAAUUGUAUUGAAUUAUGGUCCUAUGCAGAAUGUGAAGCUCAAUUACAUGACAAUUUAAAGAAUGCUAUCAAAAACACAUCAGGGCAAUGGGUAUCUCCACUUGCUUCUGAUGAUAAUGGUUUAACAUAUUCCCACAUCUGUCCAAGUGAACUAAUUGCAGCAUGUUGUGAUCCAAAGAAGUCAUUUAAAGUGGAUGUAGAAACCUUCUGUAAGCAUUUCUCUAUGAAAGAAAAGGUUGAUAAAAUUGAGAAUUUUAGUUAUCUUCCAUUUGAGGGGCCAGUGAAAUUAAAGAAUCCAGACAUAACAUUGUCUUACCUUGAAUUCUAUGGUGUUGAUCCAAACAAUGUACCUGAACAGCCUUAUGAGGUGUUUUUUGGAAGAUGGAUAGCUGAUGGCCAGCGUGACCUCAUCCAACGGCACUCGCUAAAACAACGCCAGUUUAUUGGCAACACAAGCAUGGAUGCGCAGCUUUCUUUGAUCAUGGCUAACCAGGCUCAGGUUCUACCAGGUGACAUACUGCUUGAUCCAUUUGUUGGGUCGGGGUCGUUGCUUGUCGCCGCGGGACACUUCGGCGCACAUGUGUGGGGUUCAGACAUCGACUUCAUGAUGCUGCAUGCCAGGUCACGUCCAACCCGAGUCGGACAAAAGGUGCGUAAAAAAGACGAGAACAUCAAGGGCAACAUGAAUCAGUACGGGAUCGAAUCCCGUUACUUGGACGUGGUGGUAAGCGACUUCUCGCUACCGAUGUGGAGAGACGACCUAAGAUUCGACGCCAUUGUUACAGAUCCGCCCUACGGAGUUCGCGAGCCAACGGAGAGAAUUGGAAUAGAAAGAAAAAAUUACACGCUUUCUGAUCAGCACCUGGUCAACCACAUUCCGUCUAAAGUGGAAUAUGGGCUGCCGCAUAUCUACAGCGACCUGCUGAACUUCGCUGCGAGACACCUGGAGAUGGGGAGGCGGCUUGUGUGCUGGUAUCCAUUAGUUAGGGAAGAAUACAAGGAAGACGAAUUACCGUCUCAUCCGUGUCUCCGCUUGGUUGCCAACUCGGAGCAAGUGCUGUCGAAGCUGACCGCGAGGCGGCUGCUCACUUACCAGAAAAUCCACGACGAAGUGCCCAACUUGCCCGUCGAUCCUAAUGCUAUGACCCAUAACUUCAGAGAAAAAUACUUCAGCAUGGGUGAAAUGACUCGGAAAGAGAGGAAAGAGAAACGGGCGGCAGAGAUGUCGGCCAAUGCUGUUGGGAAGGCACAAAAUAACGAGAGCAAGAAUCAUAGCUCAAAUAAAUUAGAAGGAGUCGGAGAUUGGUGUUCGGAAUAUGUUGAGCGUGAUGUGCUAGGUCUCCCAUAUAACGCAGUAGAAGGAGUCGGAGGUUGGUGUUCGGAAUAUGUUGAGCGUGAUGUGCUAGGUCUCUCAUAUAACGCAGUAGAAGGAGUCGGAGAUUGGUGUUCGGAAUAUGUUGAGCGUGAUGUGCUAGGUCUCUCAUAUAACGCAGUAGAAGGAGUCGGAGAUUGGUGUUCGGAAUAUGUUGAGCGUGAUGUACUAGGUCUCUCAUAUAACGCAGUAGAAGGAGUCGGAGAUUGGUGUUCCAAAUAUAUUGAGCGUGAUGUACUAGGUCUCCCAUAUAACGCAGUAGAAGGAGUCGGAGAUUGGUGUUCGGAAUAUGUUGAGCGUGAUGUGCUAGGUCUCUCAUAUAACGCAGUAGAAGGAGUAGGAGAUUGGUGUUCGGAAUAUGUUGAGCGUGAUGUACUAGGUCUCCCAUAUAACGCAGUAGGAGUCGGAGAUUGGUGUUCCAAAUAUGUUGAGCGUGAUGUACUAGGUCUCCCAUAUAACGCAGUAGAAGGAGCCGGAGAUUGGUGUUCGGAAUAUGUUGAGCGUGAUGUACUAGGUAGAAACAAAGCCUAUAAAUCUAAAUGGUUUGCUUAUGAAGCAUUCAGUUUUUUACAUGACAGGAAUAACCCUAUUGAUGCAGUGGAUUGUGGCUCACCCUCAGAGUUGGGUAAUACAGAACAAGCUAUUCCAGAACAGAGCAUUUCAGAACAAGGCAUUUCGGAACAAGGAACUUCAGAACAAGAAACUUCGGAACAAGGCACUCGAGACCAAGAUACAAAUACCAAGAAAUCAAAGUCAAGAAAAGAAAAGCCAGCCAAGAAGAGGAAAUACCAAGAGUCAGAGUAUAAUGCUGAAAAUCAAAUGAUAGAAGAAGCAUUAGAAGUAAUGCGAAAACAAAAUGACAGUAGAAGUAAUGAUCCUUACGUUGCUUUUGGUAUGCACAUAGCAGCCGAACUAAGAAAAUAUGAUGCCACAAUUUUAACCUUUUGA